GAUGUAGAUCUCAUGAAUUUAUGUUUCGAAACUACUCAAGCUGUCCAUUACUGUGCAGGUAUAUAGGUCGAGUUACACACAUAUCGAAUGGACGCAACGAACACGAACUUUUCCCCUACCCGAGCACCUCAGCUGAUGUUUGUCUUAAGCUUCCUCCAUAUCCUACAAGGCACACACUAUCUGUCCUGCGUCCACACACCUCAUGCUCUUCUCACCACCACGCUUUCCCUCUUCCCCCCUCCCUACCAUAGUAAUCAACCACGAGGCUUCAGGAUAACCUGGCCAACGGCAGUAGUCCCUUACCAUGCGGCAGAUUGGUUUGACCAGAAAAAGAUAGAAACAACGCCUCCGCAAUGUGCUUCUGCCACCGUCUCAUGUGAGACGGAGGCUUGGUAUCAUUGAGCAUGCAACGAACGAAUGUGUUUUAUAGCCAUGCCCGGGCCACGUGAUAUUGAUGACAUUGAUAUAAGAUGGAAGAAGAAAAAAAGGAAUUUGUCUGAAGUAUAUGCAACUGGAAUUGAAAGAUGAGAGAAUGAUACAGAGAUACUCGCUGGUAUCUUGGUUGAUGAUGCUGUUUGACGAUGCUGUUUGACGGAGCAACUCGUGGUGGUCGAUGGUUUUGUUUUGUCGCGGCGUGAUUUUUCAAGUGUAGACGCGAAAGUUGGCGCGAUGUAGAGCGGCAGGUAUACAUAAUUAAGGAUCGGCACACCGGAGAGCGAGGUGCUCUCGUGCGCUGAGAAGGUUUGCGAGAUGGGAUUUGGAGUGGUGUCAGGUUGAGAAGGAUGAGAACGCGU